GAACACUGUCUAUUCUCUCCUUUUUUCAUUGCCAAACAAAGGAAAGAAAAAGAAAACUGUCACUGAUUGCAACUUCCAUGUUAGAAACUUGAUUGAAAUACGUUUUCACAGGGUAGAAACUCAAAUCCAUACCCUGCCACCGUAUGAUCAUGCCCCUCGUAUAAACUUCAUCUCUUUGAAGUUAUAGCUAAAGGACAGAAGGGAAAUGGAACAAAAUCAUCUAUGGAGUAAUACAAAAAGAAGAGAAGACUGACCCAAGAAGCAGAUUAGAGAUUCAAGUCAUCUUUGAUGUGCCAUUGACUGGAGUUACCGAAUUAUUCUGAGCCUGACACUCUGUUUUGAGUAUUUAUGAUUUGUGUGAGUUAAGAGUGGAAGUUUUGAGAUAAGUACAAUGGAUUUCGGUGAGGGUUAUGUAUCAAAUGAGCAUCGUGAGCUUCAUCGAUCAGUAACCGAAAGUGCAGAUCCUUUAUCUGUUUCUCCAUUGCAACUUGCUCCUAAGUCACCAAGAUGUCCUAAAUCUCCUAGGUCUCCUAAAUCUCCAAGGUCCCCAAAGUUGCAAGGAAAGUGCAGCAAUCUAAGUCCAAAGAAUAGGCAACCACAUUCUUCAAAAGAUGGACGUCCAAAGAAAGGUGGUUCUGGUGGUAAAGGUACCUGGGGUGGAUUGCUUGACACAGAUGAUAUGGACUGUCUUGACCCCAGUGAUCCAAACUAUGAUAGCACUGAGGAAGUUGACCAUUCAAAUGAAAACAAAAUAACAACUGAUCUGGACAACUACAAGAAAAAAGCUACAAUUAUAGUGGAAGAAUACUUUGCCACUGAUGAUGUUGUUGCAGCAAUAAAUGAACUUCGAGAGCUAGGAAAACCAGAAUACAGCUACUACUUUGUCAAAAAACUUGUGUCCAUGUCAAUGGAUAGACAUGACAAGGAAAAAGAAAUGGCGGCGAUUCUGUUAUCUGCACUCUAUGCUGACAUAAUUCACCCUUCACAAGUUUACAAAGGCUUCAGCAAAUUAGUUGAAUCAGCAGAUGACCUGAUAGUAGAUAUACCAGACACAGUUGAUAUUCUCGCACUUUUCUUAGCUCGAGCCGUGGUUGAUGACAUCCUUCCUCCUGCAUUUUUGAAGAAACAGACAGCAUACUUGCCCAAAGAUUCUAAAGGUGCUGAGGUCUUGAAGAAAGCUGAGAAAAGCUACCUAGCAGCCCCUCUGCACGCAGAAAUCAUCGAGCGGCGCUGGGGAGGUAGUAAGAAUACAACAGUUGAUGAUGUCAAGACAAGAAUAAACAAUUUCUUGAAGGAGUAUGUAGUGAGUGGUGACAAGAAAGAAGCCUUUAGAUGUAUCAAGGAUUUGAAAGUUCCUUUCUUCCAUCAUGAAAUAGUGAAACGGGCUCUUAUAAUGGCGAUGGAAAGGCGCCAAGCAGAAACUCCGCUACUAGACCUGUUGAAGGAGGCAGCUGAAGAAGGUUUUAUUAACACCAGCCAAAUGUCUAAAGGGUUCAGUAGAUUGAUUGACACUGUUGAUGACUUAUCACUCGACAUACCGAAUGCGCACGGAAUACUGCAGGAACUAAUGUCUAAAGCAGCAUCUGAGGGUUGGUUGUGUGUGUCAUCUUUGAAACCACUUACAGUGGAGCCUGAAAAGAAUUCAAUCAAAGACAGUGCUGCUAGAAGUUUUAAGCUAAAGACUCAGUCCAUCAUUCAAGAGUACUUUUUAUCAGGUGACAUAUUGGAGGUAACUAGUUGUCUAGAACAAGAGAACAACAAAAACUGUGCUGAACUCAAUGCAAUCUUUGUUAAGAAACUAAUAACUUUAGCAAUGGAUAGAAAGAAUAGGGAGAAGGAAAUGGCCUCUGUGUUGCUUUCAUCAUUGUGUUUCCCAGCUGAUGAUGUUGUGAGUGGUUUUGUGAUGUUGAUAGAGUCAGCAGAUGACACUGCUCUUGACAACCCUGUAGUUGUUGAGGAUCUGGCUAUGUUUCUAGCUAGAGCAGUGGUAGAUGAAGUCCUGGCUCCACAACACCUUGAAGAGAUUGGAACACAAUUUUUAGGGCCAGACUCAGUUGGCAGCAAAGUUCUUCGAAUGGCAAAGUCAUUACUAAAGGCUAGACUUGCCGGCGAGCGAAUUUUGAGGUGUUGGGGAGGCGGCGGAAGCAGCAGGCCAGGAUGGGCAGUUGAGGAUGUCAAGGACAUGAUCGGAAAGCUUUUGGAGGAGUAUGACUCUGGAGGUGACAUACGCGAGGCUUGUCGCUGCAUGAAAGAGUUAGGUAUGCCGUUUUUCCACCACGAGGUUGUUAAGAAAGCUCUGGUGACAAUCUUUGAAAAAAAGAAUGAGCGGUUAUGGGGUCUGCUCAAGGAGUGUUUCGAAUCAGGGUUAAUAACCAUGAAUCAGAUGGCGAAGGGUUUUGAAAGGGUUUCAGAGUCUCUUGAUGACUUGGCUUUGGAUGUCCCAGAUGCUAAAAAACAGUUUGCACACUAUGUUGAAAGAGCAAAGACUGAAGGAUGGUUGGACAGUUCAUUUUGUUCCAGCAAUUUGGAACAUUCCACAGAGAAUGGCACUUGAUAGUUAUAAUAUGGGUAAUCAGUAAUACUAGUUUUGCUUAUCUACUUUUUCUAAAUCUACACUUACAUCAAAUGUAUACACAUGCAGGUAUAAAUUGUUAAGCCUAUGCAUGCAUAACUUAAAAUGUAGUCUUCUAUCAAAUGUAGUCUCAAAUAAUCCCAUACAAUACUUUUUUAUCAAGACAAAGUUU